CAGAGCAGCGCUGAUGCAGUGAAAGACACAAGAUGGCGGCGGUCGGAGAACAGUAGCGUAAACACUCGAGCCGUUCCGCGCUAAUCUGAGCUAUAACGAGACCUGAAGACCUUAAACACCCGAGGCUCGUGCUGUUCGGGACUGUGUGAGGCUCGGCUCCUUCUGGGGGCUAAUUAACUGCUUUCCUGAGGUUAAAAUGACCGAUAGGAGCUAGCGUCAGGUUUCGGUGUAACGUUAGUGUUGUGCUAUAAACUCUUGUCUCUCUGAGGCCCAGGCCCCGGCUCGUGUUGUGUGGACUGAGUUAGCCAGGGUUAGGAUGAGCGGCUCUGAGGCGAGGCAGUGCUAACGUUAGCUCCGCUCGGUGCGUCAGGACUGCGGUGCUGGUUCGGUGCUGGAGCUGGUGCUGGUUCGUGCGGGAGGAUGAGCGACACCCGGCGGCGGGUGAAGGUGUACACGCUGAACGAGGAGCGGCAGUGGGAGGACCGGGGCACCGGGCAUGUUUGCUGCUCGGAGGCGGACUCGCUAACGGUCACCGGAGAGGCUGACGGCUCUCUGCUGCUGGAGUCCCGGAUCAGCCCCGACACCGCGUACCAGAAGCAGCAGGACACGCUCAUCGUCUGGUCCGAGGCGGAGAACUGUGACCUGGCUCUGAGCUUCCAGGAGAAAGCAGGCUGUGAUGAGAUCUGGGAGAAGAUCUGUCAGGUGCAGGGCAAGGACCCGUCCGUGGAGAUCACGCAGGACCCCGUGGAUGAGUCUGAGGAGGAGCGGUUUGAGGACACCCCGGAGAGCGCUCAGCUGCUGGAGCUUCCUCCCUGUGAGCCGGAGCGUCUGGAGGAGCUGGCCGAGCUGGUGACGUCUGUGCUGCCUUCACCCGUGCGGCGUGAGAGGCUGGCGCUCGCUCUGCUCAGCUCAGGAUACAUCAGGAAGCUGCUGCAGCUGUUCCGGGCGAGCGAGGAGGCGGGCGACCGCCGGGGCCUGCAGCAGCUCUACCAGAUCGUGCGCGGCCUGCUCUUCCUCAACAAGGCCACGCUGUUCGAGGUGAUGUUCUCCGACGACUGCAUCAUGGACGUGGUGGGCUGUCUGGAGUACGAGCCGGCGCUGCUGCAGCCCAAGAGUCACCGGGAGUUCCUGACGCAGACGGCCCGCUUCAGAGAGGUGAUCCCCAUCACAGACUCAGAGCUGCGGCAGAAGAUCCACCAGACAUACCGCGUGCAGUACAUCCAGGACAUCAUCCUGCCCACGCAGUCCGUCUUCGAGGACAACUUCCUGUCCACGCUGUCCUCCUUCAUCUUCUUCAACAAAGUGGAGAUCGUCAGCAUGCUGCAGGAGGAUGAGAAGUUCCUGACGGAGGUGUUCGCUCAGCUCACAGAUGAAGCUACAGAGGACAGCAAGAGGAGAGAGCUGGUGAACUUCUUCAAGGAGUUCUGUGCUUUCUCCCAAACGCUGCAGCCUCAGAACAGAGACGCCUUCUUCAAGACUCUGGCCAAUCUGGGCAUCUUACCAGCGCUGGAGAUCGUGAUGGGCAUGGAGGACGUGCAGGUGAAGGCUGCGGCCACAGACAUCUUCUCUUACCUGGUGGAGUUCAGUCCGUCUAUGGUGCGUGAGUUCGUCAUGCAGGAGCCGCAGCAGGCCGACGACGUGAGUAUCACACACACACACACACACACACGUGUCUGGACGUCUGUCACGACUCCGUAUGUUCGGUGUGGGAUGAAGAGUGUGUGCUGUGUCCAGGACGUGCUGCUGAUUAACGUGGUGAUCAAGCAGAUGAUCUGUGACUCGGACCCGGAGCUGGGCGGUGCAGUGCAGCUGAUGGGGCUCCUGAGGACCCUCAUCGACCCCGAGAACAUGCUCGCUCCGGCCAGCAAGGCGGAGAAGAGCGAGUUCCUCAGCUUCUUCUACAAGUACUGUAUGCACGUGCUGACGGCUCCGCUGCUGGCUAACACGGCCGAGGAGGACCCAGAUCUGAGCGAGGGAGCGGCUCGAGUUAACCCCGUGUGUCCAGAUAACUUCCAGACGGCGCAGCUGCUGGCUCUGAUCCUGGAGCUGCUCACCUUCUGUGUGGAGCAUCACUCGUACCACAUCAAGAGCUACAUCAUGACCAGAGACCUGCUGAGGAGGGUGCUGACGCUCAUGAACUCCAGACACAGCUUCCUGGCGCUCUGUGCGCUGCGCUUCAUGAGGAGAAUCAUCGGCCUGAAGGACGAGUAUUACAACCGCUACAUCGUGAAAGGAAACCUGUUCGAGCCGGUCAUCAACGCGCUGCUGGACAACGGCACCAGAUAUAACCUGCUGAACUCUGCCAUCAUCGAGCUGUUCGAGUUCAUCAGAGUGGAGGACAUCAGAUCUCUGACCGCACACAUCGUGGAUAACUUCACCACGGCGCUGGAGUCCAUCGAGUACGUGCAGACCUUCAAGGGUCUGAAGCAGCGCUACGAGCAGGAGAAGGAGCGCCAGAGCCGAGGCUUCAGCAGGUACCGCAGGGACACACGCUCCUUCGAGGAGGACGAGGACACGUGGCUGAACGAGGAUGAGGAGGAGGACGAGGUCCCGGACACCGGCCUGGACAAGUGCAAGAGCGACUACGGGAAGUUCAUGGAGAGCGAGAAAGUGAAAGAGAGUCAGGACAAGGAGAACCAGGCCAAGCGGAAGUUCAGCUUCUGUCACUCGGCUGGAGCGGCUAACACCGCUAACGGCUCCAGACCUCCACCCUCCACCUCCUCCAGCAGAGCUGCAGCGCCACCUUCAGGCCAGACGGCCCGGACUGGACUCGUGGACUACCCAGACGAUGAAGACGAGGAGGACGAGGAGGAGGACGCUGAGGAGGAGCAGGCGCCGCACAAGAGACCUCGUCUGGGCUCGUAAAGCCCCCGGUGAGCCGUCACAGCAGGGGCUGAUGGGAGGCCGCGCAGGCUAGCAGGACUAGCAGAACUAGCCACACUGACGGAGCUGAAGAGCUGCUGAAGCACAGGCUCCUCGGUGGACUUCUUCUGACGCUGGUGGAGUCAGGCGCUCAAGGUUUUAAACACAUAUAAUAUUAGUCGAUGUUUUGAUUUGUGUGAUCUGUGGACUGAUGUAAGGUCAGAGAAGACCCAAGCUGACCGGACUCCAACCUUCAGACGGCUAGAUUCAAUAUUAAAGACAAAUGCUUUUAGUUCUUCCCCUCGUUUGUGCACACUUUCCUACUAGCACCGCCUCCGUUAAACAGCAUUUGUAUGAAUUUGAUAUUUUUUACAAUUUUCAGAUUAAAUUUGGUCCUGCAAUUAAA